CCCCAUCUCAACUUAAACAGGAGUGAUUUUCGAAAUUAUCAAACUUUUGGGAUUACUUCGGAUUUACCCAAAUACACCUUAUAAGUACCAAAUACUCCUUUUAAUGUAUAGUAUUCGCUGAUUAUAAUAUUGUCCAAAAGUUUGCACAUUUUCCAUGAACGUGAACCACACACUACGUUAUAGAAACCGAGUUUAAGCGUUCCACGCGAAAAAAGGAACGUAAAACAUGUGGUGCACAAAACUAUUUCCCGAGGCUUUUAUCUCAUAUUCGAGACCCGGACCCAAGUAAAAAGUUCCAAGUUUUCACAACAGGUGUGGCCGAUGUAAUAUUAGCUUAAGAAGCACUCUUUAAAAAAGUUUGCCCUAUAUUCCCCGAUAUUAUACUCUAGAAAAUUGUUCAAGUAGAACGAUGUUUUUAGAGCUUGUUUUCUUUAAUAAUUAUAACAUAUUCCCGGAAAUUGCCCGGUGUAACGUAGUUUAUAAUUAAUGCCGAUAAUUGUACGGUUUGCACCCUCGAUAAUAUGAGAUGAAGUUAGUAGUAGGCGCCGGGCGGGCGGGCGGCGGGGCCUCGGAGGCGGAGUUAGCGAACCCGUUCAGUCGGUGGGCAGCCGCCGUCCCGACCGCUCGCGUCCACUCCGCGCGCCCCGCGAUGACGUUCACGCCACGUGAAUAUUUAUGAUGCGAUCAACGCUUAAAUGGCACAGCCGCGUCGCUCGCGUACCGUAAAAUGCCAAUGAAAACUUGCCUCAGAACUUUUCGUCUGUUAGUGUAUGUGUUGUUCUAUCAUGUGGUCGCCGGCGAGCCGCACGAGUGCGGGUACCGCCAGGAGGACUCGGAGGAUGCGGUGCUCUUCUGCAAGAUACGCACCAUCAGCAGCAUGGAUCUCCUGCUGCAGAACAUCUCCAGGACCCAUUACGACGACAUCACGUCGCUGCACGUUCAGUGCAGCGAGAUUCUGUUCUUCGAGAGCACUUUAACUACUCACUCGGAGAAGAAAAGUAAACAUACGAACCUGUCGAAACUGAGGGAGUUGUUUGUGGAUAAGUGUAAACUGAGACAGAUUCCCGCGCGGGCCUUUGAGAACUUCAAGGACUUAAAGAGGCUCCACGUCACGACGUACAACAACGAGUGGUCAGCCAUGACCAUGGAGAUCAACGAGCAAGCCUUCGCCGGGCUCAACGAGCUGAUAGAACUGAACCUGAGCGACAACAACAUCUGGAGCACAAAAACAGAAACUUUCUGCUUGCUCUACAGUUUGAAAACUCUAAACUUGACUAACAACCACUUGCAAAACAUAAAGACUAUCGGAUUUUCUGAUUCGUUUAGAGAACAAAACUUAAGCGUAAGAAGUUGUAACUUAGUUAUAGAAGUGCUUGAUUUGUCGUAUAAUGAUUUAAUUGUAAUUACUGACAAUAGUUUGUCGAAAUUGCGUUCACUUUCCAAAUUGUUUUUGCAAAACAAUGCUAUUUCUACCCUAGAAGAUAAUGCCUUUCAAGGGUUGCUCAGCCUACAGGUCUUAAACUUAUCUAGUAACUUUUUGAACGAAGUUCCACCAGAUUUAUUCGCAGAUACGAAGUCUCUAAAAGAGAUUUAUUUCAGUAAUAAUACUAUGAAAGUAUUGCAGCCGGCGCUUUUUAAUGGGUUAGAACAUCUACAAAUUUUAGACUUAUCACAAAAUGCACUGACUAGUAAAUGGGUGAAUAAGGGUACUUUUAAAGGAUUACUUCGAAUGGUCAUAUUAAACUUAUCUUAUAAUCGUUUAAAUAAAAUCGACCGUUAUUUAUACCAAGACGUGUACAGUUUACAAAAGUUAAAUUUGGAUCAUAACGAUAUUAAUUAUAUCGAUGAGCACGCAUUUGAAGAGUUGAGAAAUUUGCACUCAUUAACUUUAUCAAACAAUAAAUUAACGCACAUACAUUCCCAUCUUUUCACUGACUUGCAUGUUUUGCACGAACUUUUUAUAGACAAUAAUUUAAUAAAGCACAUAGAUGAGAACGCUUUUGACAACAUGACGGCUAUAGAAGACUUGGGUUUGAACGAUAACCUUUUAUCGUCUAUUCCUGUAUCAAUUCGCAAGCUCCGCUCACUGAGGUCAUUGGACAUCGGCAACAACAAUAUAACCCAUCUGAACCGGGAAAACUUUCGCGGCCUCUCCGAACUUUUCGGGCUGCGCUUAGUUGAUAACAAAGUAACAUAUUUAAAUGACGAUACUUUCGAACAUCUGCCCCAGCUACAGGUGCUUAAUUUAGCCUCCAAUAACAUCAAACACGUCGCUCCCGGUUGCUUUCGUAGAAACGUAAAUCUGAAAUUACUACGUAUGGAUGGAAACGAAAUAACCAAUUUUGAUGGUAUUUUCAGCACUCUAAAUAGUUUGGUCUGGCUCAAUAUAUCCCAAAAUAAAAUUAUGUCUUUCGACUUUCGGAGUUUUCCCAAUAGCUUAGAAUGGCUCGAUCUACAUAAAAACUACAUUGAAAACUUUGUCAACGACGACAUGAAUACAGAUGUUAAUAUAAAAUUACUAGACCUCAGUUUCAAUAACAUUUCCCAGCUUACUGUAACUUCAAUACCGAAAUCGGUGGAGAAACUUUAUUUAAACCAUAACAAUUUACAGCACAUACAAGUCGGCACGUUUUCAAAACUACAAAGACUGUCCAUUGUGACGUUAAAUAAUAACAAACUGAUCCAACUUGACAUGAAUGCAUUUAGGUUAGAUCAAAUAGAUGAAGAUAGCGACCUGCCAGAGUUCUUUAUAAGUGAAAACCCAUUUGUGUGUGAUUGUUCGAUGGAAUGGAUUCAACGCAUUAAUUAUUUGAGUCACACUCGUCAAUACCCGAGGGUUCUAGAUUUAGAUAAAUCGUUGUGCUCGCUCGUGUACUCGCGCACUAAAGAAAAGAAAACUAUAAUAGACAUGUCGCCUUCUGACUUCCUUUGCCCGUACGAGAGCCACUGCUUCGCUCUUUGCCAUUGCUGUGAUUUCGUCGCGUGCGAUUGUGAGAUGAUAUGCCCGAUCAACUGUAGAUGCUAUCACGAUAUCACUUGGAAUGCGAAUGUAGUCGACUGUUCGAGCGCCGGCUACACAGAAGUCCCGGACAGAAUUCCAAUGGACGCUACCGAGAUAUACUUGGACGGAAACGAUAUCAGUCAUCUGGGAAAUCACGUUUUCAUAGGCAAAAAGAAGCUACAGGUUUUAUACCUCAACAAUACAAAGUUGAGUGAAGUUAAUAACCAAACUUUCAAAGGCGUCGAUGCGUUAAGAGUUUUGCAUUUAGAAAAUAAUAAAUUAGUCGAGUUAAAAGGAGAUGAGUUUUUACAUCUGAAUAAUUUGAAUGAAUUAUAUUUAGAUCACAAUGCGAUUGUUCACGUUGCGAAUAAUACGUUUUCCUCGCUGAAAUCCCUUUCAGUGCUCAGAAUAGACGACAACAAACUUGUUAACUUUUUUCCUUGGAAACUGUUAGCGUCGUCUUCUAAAAGUUUAGCUCAUGUUUCUAUCGAAGGCAACCAAUAUUCUUGCGACUGUAAGAGUAUAGCCGAACUAGAUUCUUGGUUGCGCCGCGAUCCAAAUGAUCCGGAAAAAAUGUUAUGCACUGAUACCGAGGGCAAGCCUACUAAAAUAACAAUCGCUUCUGUUCUGAGUCAUUGCAAAGAGUACAUGGGCUCUAUUAGCGAUCCCACAGUUUUAAGAGACGAAAUCGUUUCUAAAUCUAUAUUUCUUCCUAAUAAUUAUUUCGCUGUCAUCUGCGGCGUGAUAAUUAUCCUUGUAGUAAUUUGUCUCAUAGGUGCUAUAUUUUACGCGUUUCGGUACGAAGUCAGUGACUGGUUCUAUACAAAAUACGGAGUACCGUUGUUCAAGGAGCAAUCAUGCCCGGAUGUAGACCACGUCCUGGAUAACCCGAACCACAUGUACGAUUACUACGUGAUAUGUAAUACCAAAGAUAAUAACUUCGUGAAUCAUAACAUAAUGUCGGAGCUAGAGUUUAGGAAAAUGAUUUCGAAGAAGCCGAUUAGGAAUGAGUCACCGUUGAAUAUUCUCACAAUUGACAGUUUUUCAAAAAGUUCCAAAUUAUCCAAGCGCUUAAUCAUCGUGAUUACAACCAAUUUUAUUUGCGGUGAUCUUUGCGAUAUCCAUUUCAAAAACAUAUUCUACAGUUACUUAAAAUCGUUAAACAGGAGCGAUUUGAACAAAGUGAUAUUUAUUAAUUUAGUAGAUAACAACCAAAUAAAUGACGAGCUCUGUUUCGUAUUAGAUAAGUUUAAGAAUGUGUCCUGGGGCGACCCCCGCUUUUGGGACCGUUUCAUCGCUCUACUAAAUUCAACCGAUACUAUUAUCACAGUAAAAGGCUCAGAGCAAAGCAUGUUCAAGAAGUCUCGACAGACGCCGACACUGAGGUACACAACGAUGCCGGUCACAAACGAUAGUUGCUCAAAGCAGAAUUUCACGAAUUCCUUACAGUAUUGUAAAAGGACGGACGGCGAAUCGUCUAACAACGAGAGCUCCCCGUCAUCCGACAACACGUACGGAGAGGGGGAAAACUCGAACAAUAGCUACAUGUCCAUCGACAACCGGACAUGUCCUCGGUUUAAUUAUGACCUGAGGUUGUCCCCGGGCGCUGGUCACGUAUAUUCUAGGGUAGAAGAUAUAUCCCCCACUGUUCCGCGCUCUAUAGCGGCCAGCGCUUCGGGAAAAGGCCGUACUUAUUUUGUUUGAGGCACAAUCUCGUUACUUACCCCCGUUUUAGUCUAGUGUUUAAGGCUUCAAUGUUGUAACAAGUAUUUAUAUAAAUCUGUACAUAAAACACUGUGAAUAACGUACCAUUCUGUCAAUUUUCACAUACGUAAUCUAGUGUGGUAUAAAUGUUGGUACGGUACUUAUAUACUUAAUGUACGAAUCGAAACAAUAUUUUGUACAAAAUUGGCGUGAAAAUGUUGAGUCUGAUAAUGGGAAACUUUUCAAAUAUUUAAAUUUAAUAUUAAUCGUAUUUUACAAAGUUUAUUCGAGCUGUGAAUAAAGUUCACGAAGUCACUGUAAACAACACCAAAUAGCUUAAGAUGAUUUUCAUGAUUUCCUAUAAUAAUCAUUAUUAUAAUUACAAAAUUAAACGAACUUACCUGUAAGUGAAGUUCCAUUUGUAUUAUUCGAUAUGCCUAGCCCGAGACAUAAUAUAUAGUUUCACUUGAAGAAGCCUCCGUUUCACGUGAUAUUCAGAGACUUGGACACAAAUAAAAACUUAAAACUCGAUGACACAGCUGACAACUUCAUGCACUUUGUUCACGUGUCAGUGAAAUGUCUUUAAUGUUAAUUAAAUAUUAUCUAUAAAUAUUAUAGUGAGUAUCAAGUUGAGAAUUAUGAGGAUUAUUGCCCGCCCUCCGCCGUCCUUCUUCUAGUGAAACUAUAUAUAUGUCUCGGGCUAGGCAAUAUCGUAUAAUGUAAACUAGUAAUGUUAAAUAUACUUGUAACUUUAUUUACAAUAUCUUCUUACUUAAAAUAGUCAUAAUUAUACCUAUCUCGUCGAAUGAUGAUUCCUAAGACAGUUCAUUCAUGUCGCUUUUGGAUGAAGCUAGAUUCUCCAUACAAAAGUAGGCGCUCUCAUUUUAAACGACUAGCUAGAUUGCUCUGAAACUUUGUACUUACAAAAGGAUAAGGUAUAUGUAGUUCAGUGGGCUAACCACGGUCGCAUGUUUGUUGCCUGUCACCAAGCCUGUCACGUUCUAACAAGUAUGUAAGUGCGAAAGUGACAGGCAUAAUGACAGGUGAUAAAAAUGCAACCAUGCUGCCACCGCAGUAAUUAGUUUAUGUAGCUUGAGAUACCACAGCUAAAUACAGAGAAUUUUAGUUUUCCAUGCAAAUUUUUUGCUCUGUUUCGUUUGUUUUAUAAGCUGGAGGUAUAUAAACUAAUUAAAGGCAUAGAUAUACCUCAUGUAAUUGUAUGUGCCUAGUUUCAUUACAAUGCAACACAUAGUUUUAAAAUGAGAACGAAAACUCCGUUUGUACAAGAAGGUGAAAUCCGGCCGAGCUUGCUUGGAAUCUUAAUUCAAAUAAUAAUUAAAGACGUGUGUUGUUACCGUAUUUUUAUUACUUAAAUCCUACAUUUCUACAUAAAUUAAUAUGCUAAACUCCGAAAAACUGUCUACAAACAUUUAGCGUGGAGUAGCCCAUAUAAAAAUAAAUUCUCAUAGGUAUCAUCAUUCUAUGCCGUAGGUAUAAAAUACUUAAUUUAUUUUUUGUUCGAUUAGUUUCUGCUUUCCAAAAAUCCUGUUGUAGGUAAGUUAUUAUUAUUGGCCUGACUUUAUUUAUGCUUAUUGGAGUAUAUUAUUUAUAGCUGAAAGCAAGUAUGUUGAUGUAAAAUUGAUGUGCUUUCUAACAAUAUAACGGAAAGAUGUAAUAUAAUCUAUGUUCGCGAUGUUAAAGUUAUCGGUAUAGAUCUAGCCUUACCUCGAGUCUGAUACUGACAUUCGCUAGCGUUUGCAUAACUUACUUUCUUUGCUUCUCGCUCGUACUGGCAUUUUAGUAGUGUGAGCGAGAUGUAUAGAAAGUAAGUUAUGUAGAAGUUAGCGAAUGGCAGUCUCAAACUCGUGGUAAAACUACUAAUCGCUUUACGUACCUAUUAUUCUAUAUAUUCUAUAUAUAUAAGCUAAAUCGUGAUAUUAGGUUUAACAAUUAUAAACUUAAAUAAAUGUAAUUUUUGGAUUGUAAUUAUUAGACGUAAUAAAAUAUUAUUGUUUUGUAUAAAAAUGUACAAAGAUAUCUUGAAGCGGUAAUUAAAUUAUACUGAGACGUUUUGAUACUUAAAA